AUGUACAAAUGGCUGACCUCAUACUACCCUACAGUAAGGGAAGAGCUAAUCACUAAUGAGGGGCAGAAAGACGUAGACAUUUUUUACGUUGACAUGAAUGGAGUGAUACAUCACUGCACACAUGCGAACAAGGAGACUCUCCCUGUGCAUGAUGAGCACGAGUUGCUUACAAACAUUUUGAAGUACUUAAAAAAUCUAUUUCAUUUGGUGAAACCUAGGAAGUUAGUUUAUGUGGGGGUCGAUGGGGUCUCCCCUAAGGCCAAGAUGAAUCAACAGAGGAAGAGACGCUUCCUCAGCUUAUUUAAGGUCAGCGAUAAUUCUAACUCGGCUCACUUGUUUAACCCUAACUGUAUCACCACCGGCACGGAUUUCAUGUACAAGAUUAACCUCGCCCUGAACAAGUGGUUCCAGAUUUUGAAGAAGAAGGGGAUCUUCCCCUUCGACGUGAUUUUCUCCGGGUCGGACGUGCCAGGAGAGGGCGAGCACAAAAUUUUGAAGUUCAUUCGGGAGCACUGCAAGCGCGACGGCGCCUUCCGAAACUACAGCCACUGCAUCUACGGACUGGACGCGGACCUCAUCAUGCUGUCGCUUGUGACGCACCUUAACAGCAUCUUCAUUCUGAGGGACAAGUACAAAAUGGCCAACGACUCGCACGCCGCGCUGCUGGAGAAUUUGGAGAAGGCGCAGCGGGGGGUUGGCCAGCCCGGGGGGGACGCUGAAAAUACCAAUCAUGGGGGUAACGAGGAAAACCCAAUUCAGGGCGGCAACGCGGAAGAGCCGAUUCAGUCGGACACCGCUGAGGAUACCAUUCAACCGCACACCGCCGAAGACGCCGCUCCCCCCUUCUGCAGAGUCCACCGCUACACGCAGGACCACUACGCCAACUGUGAACCGCUGAACAGCUACGAUUUCGAAAUUUUGGAUGUAUACAAAUUGCGCAACUCGAUAAGGACCCAAAUAGCAACCUACAUAAAUAAAUUGAAGAAAGAAAAGAACGUCGUCUUCAACAUCAGCCGAGUGGUAGACGACAUAGUGUUCCUCUCCUUCCUAGUGGGAAACGACUUCCUCCCCCACAUCCCAAACGUUGACAUUAAUGAAGGGUCUAUGAAUGAAAUUCUGAACGCGUACAUAUUUUACAUAUACAAAUACGGCAACUAUAUAACGCUUAAGGAUAAGGUGCACAUUCAGAGGCUCAAGAUUAUCCUAAAGAUUUUAAGUGCCCAAGAGUUUUCCUAUUUUCUGAAGAGGGGAAACGAUGAGAAUGUUAGGGAGUUUACGGAUGAGCGCACGUACAAGGGCUACUACUACCUGCAGAAGUUCGGGGUGGAGGACCCCCAGCAGAUCCAGCUCAUUGUGAAUAAGUACAUCGAGGGCCUCUUCUGGAAUUUGCACUACUACCACUUCGGCUGCGCCAGUUGGUGUUGGGAGUACCCCUACCACUACGCGCCCCUGUGCAGCGAUUUGCUCUCCUUUGAGAAGUCCGAUUUCUUUUUCGAAAAGGGAAAGCCCUACUCGGCCUACACGCACCUCAUCAGCGUGCUGCCGCAGAAGGACAACAACCUCCUGCCCGAGGCGUACAAAAACAUCUACUCCGAAGACGAGGUGAAGUCCUUCUUCCCGGAGAACGUUCGAAUCGAUCCAAAUGGAAAGAAAGAAACCUGGGAGUACAUCGUGCACCUCCCCUUCAUAAACUGCAACACGAUAAACAAGAUAAUCACGGAGCGUAGUAAAAAGAUUUCGAGGCUCAAAUACAAGUUGAGGUAA